GAUUGGCUCUCGUGCUGCGGCGAUCCGCCGUGCGGCUCGCUUAGGCGGCUUAGAGAGGGAGCCCCAUGGCUCGGGGAGGCCGAGCAGGCAGCGCCGGGCUCGCAAGCCCGAGACGUCCCAGCAGCAGCAGCGGCGGCGGGCUGGCGGCGCCGGCGAGGAAACGCCUCCCGUAGCCUAUCGCGAAGACCCUUUUGCACAGGCAGCGGGUGCACGCGCGGCAGGGGCGCUGACGUGCCAGCACUUUCCUUAAAGAAUUUUCGUGGCGAGACGUCCCUGCAUGGAGAAAAAGAUGGGAGAAGCUGUUGCCAGGGUAGCCAGGAAAGUAAAUGAAACAGUCGAGAACAAAGCAGAUUCUCUUGAUCUGGCAGAUUGCAAACUGAUGAACUUUCCUAUUGCCCUUUACAAAGUCUUGAGGCACGUCACGGAAGGCAUUCAUCUCAUCACUCUGGCCAAUAAUGAGAUGAAGUCUGUGACCAGCAGAUUCAUUACCACCUUCAGCCAGCUGAGAGAACUUAAUCUGGAAGGGAAUUAUAUUCACCGUCUGCCAGAAGAGGUCCGAACCCUGUUACAUUUGAGAGUCAUCAACCUUUCCAGGAACAAAUUUCGGCACUUCCCAGAGCAGCUGACUUCUUUGCCAGCUCUUGAAACAAUCAACCUUGAAGAGAAUGAGAUUGUAGAUGUGCCUGUUGAGAAGCUUGCCUCCAUGGAGUCUCUUCAGAUUGUGAACCUCAAGUCAAACCCAUUAAACGAGGAGGUCCGGGUGAUUGCCAGGCCUCUGAUCAAGUUUGACCUCCUGACGUCUCCAGCCAUUCCCCAAGUCUGAAAUGGGCCUGACUUGGGCGUGCAGCUGCACUUUGCCGUGGGCAUAAAGAGGAAGAGAACGCAAUGUUUGCUGAGUGGGAACACUGCCGUGACUUUCCCAAGCUGCACUGCUCCCGCAUGCCUUAGGUUUCACGCUAGCGGGAAGCAUUGUGAUUUUGCGAAAUGACUCUUGCCGAAAGGAAUCUGUGCCAACCUGUGGAUGUACUGAUGGCACAUAAUGCCUACAAAGACUACUGACUAACCUUUGAAUGGUUAAAAGACAGCAGCUUUGCUAAGACACACAGUGGGCUCUCUAGUCCUGUAUUGCAGAGGAAAAGCAAAGGCAUGAAUGAAAUACAGCAUUUCCCAUAUCCAACAGUCUCUGAUUUAGAGCAUGUGGGAUCAGCUGGAUGCCUGGCAGAAGACUAAUCAGGGAUGAGCAGUUUCUGUAGCCCAUAAAUUACAUCUGCACUAUAUCAAAUGAGAAAGAUUCUGGUAGAAAUUUUACUCAAUAGGUUCACUUGUAAGAAAUAGAAAACCUGUUUCAAAAGUGGGGAGGUUUGAAACUCCUCUCCCUGGGAUGAUGCAUCCCUUUGAUCAGGAAACAACCAAGCAGCAGUGAAGAGGGGAUUGCUCCCUUGGAACCACCAUUUCAUGGCAUUCCUGGUGCCUUGAGGUGUUGGCUCCUCGCCUUUCCCAAUGGGGUGAGGAACUUCAGAGAAUAGCAGGGAUCCGAUGGGGAGGUUUGCCAGGCCAGGAACAGCUAACAGGCCCAAGUUUCCCUAUCCCUGCACUAGAGGGUGACGAAAUGCAGGAAAUUGACUUCUAUAUUGGCAAUCCCAAAGUAACCUGCAUAAUGUUAAGAGGAACAGACUCUAAGUGCUUUAUUUGGAUCAUGUAUCCUUCCUCAUCCGAAAUUAAUAUAAAUGUAAUCAUUUCGGGGGGGAGAGAAACAAACCCCAAACUCUGCUGAAACUUGCAGAAAGGGCUGUACUUUGUAUGAGCUGCUAUCAGUUGGGUGGCUUUGCACAUCCCUCCUGCAUCUGAGAGAGCCUUAGUAAAAAUGCCAGUGGAAAACUACCAGGUUCAGCCUUUGUCUACAGCGCAGCAAAAAAGCACAUGUUUAUGGAUGCUUCCCGGUUUUGUUUGUUUGUUUGUUUUUAAUGAGACUUUUAAAAUAGUGCAUGAACUCACUUACUGGUUUUGAUUAACGAGAGCACAGUGGUUUGCCCUUAGGGGUGUCGCUUGUUUGCUGUUACACAACUUGGGCUUUCUUUGUUUUCUUCCCUAAGCAGUAUAGCAUUGGGAUUUUCUUGGAAAACAAUGUUUCCCUGUAGGCUACUGCUCUCCCCUCUCCCUUUCUCUCUUUCGGUGUGUGAUUGACAGGCUACAAUGACUUGUUGCUUUGACAAAUAAACAGCUGGAGCCUCUGAAA